AUGGCGGAUGACCUUACAGAUAAGGAUGUCUCCGAAGACAUGUUCAGCAAUGAGGCCAAUAAAGUUGUUGAUGAGGUCAAUGUGAUGGUUGCAUAUGAUAAUAACUCUGGUAACGAGCAAGUGGAUCUGUCACAUGAGGACAAUGCACCGCCAGUCUCCAAGGCACAACAGGCCCAGCUUGACCCACAUAAGAAGCUCUGGGCUAACAAUAUUAGAGACGUGUCGUAUGACAUAGAUGAUAUUGUUGAUGAUUUACUGGUACGCAAGGACUCGGAGGGUACUGAUGAUGCCAAAAGUGGCAAGACUACUCGUUGUAAAACCAUCGCCGACUCAAUCAAACAUAUCAAAGUCCUAAUCAAGGACUACAAGGUCGGCAAUUUGGUGGCUAAUCUGGCUAUGACAAAUGCUGCUGAACCCAUGCUUUGCAAUAAUGAGAAAGGUAGUAUUGACCCUCGCCUAUUAGCAUUUCACAAGGAGCCUAAAGACUUUGUUGGUAUUGAUGGCCCACGAGACGAGUUAGUGAAGAGGUUAAUAGGAGGUGAUGGUCAUGUAUCCGAAAAGCAACUCAAGAUUAUAUCUAUCUAUGGAGAGGGCGGAUUAGGCAAGACAACUCUAGCAAAAGCAGUGUAUGAUUGGCUUCCUGCAAAAUUUGUUCUAAGGGCUUUUGUUUCAGUGGGUCGUAAACCAGAUGUGAAGAAAGUUCUGAAGGACAUUCUCUUUCACAUUAACAAGAAUGACUGUUCCAGUGCAAUAUGGGAUGAAAGGAAGCUCAUUGAUGAACUUCGUGAUGUACUUAAGGAAAAGAGUUUGUGA